UGGUAGGCUGGCAGCACUCAUAGAACCUAUGUAACGGCUACAUGGGAACAUCGCGCUAUGGUGUGUGAGAUGAUCCCAGAGGUUCAAAGUUGAGAGGCUUUUGAAUGAUUGAAUCCUCAAGAGCACCGCGAUCACAUCAUGGAAUUGCGCUCCCGGAAACAAAACUCAGACGAAAAUCGUAAUUUCUGCGUGUCUGACUAUUUCGACGACGGCGGUGGGAUUUUUAUUCAGUUCAAACUAGAUGAUGGAAAAGACUGCGACUGGGAGGAUGAAACCCACUUGCUCUUUGCCAAAAAUGGCCCAAAGAGCUACACCAUCCAGGUACCCGAUGGAGUUCACGCGGAGUUGCAGCUGUUGUGCAAUGCAAACUUCACACUUCAACCUGUUCAGCAAACUGGCACUGGAAAUGAACGAAUAUUUGUCGACAUUGCUGGACCGCCAAUAGGAAAGGCUACUGUCCGCACCUAUUACGAUUUGUUCUAUUUGACCGCGAAGAUUGGGGCGCUUGGCCCUUUGCCAGGCCCGGGUACUUGGACCUUGAAUCCAGUUUUCGAUCGGCAAAGCGACACUUUCUGCUUGACCGUUACAGGCAGAUCUGGAGAGAAGUGCCUUGGCGACAGUUGUCUGAAAUUUCCUCUACACGUUCUUCAGGACUCGUGGAAGAGCUCGUGGAGAAUAUGGGGUAUGAUCAGCGUCGUCUGGAGCGAGAUGGAAAAGGUGUUUCCGGGCAUCUGUGACGAGCAGAAACUAUACCUCACCGGUGUCACCGGCAUCAAUGGCAAGCCGAGAGCUUCUCGCGCAAAAAAGAAGGCCCCAUCCCAAACCCAAACGGUCCCGGAGGUCGUAGAGGACUCAGAGGACGAGCCUUUGGUCAGGAGCAGCACGAAUGAAGUCAAGAAACCAAGUCUAUGCCGAGACUCGACGGAAUCAACCGACGAUUCUGAUUCAGACGACCAUCCGCUGAUCAGCCGCCGCGGCCAAAGUACUACCAGGAGAAGGCUAUCCAAGCCCGGUUUUGACUCCAUGAAGGUGUCCUCCACAAAGAAGAAAGAUUUGAGCGCGGCGCCGUCUUGUUCAAAGGUUGAAGACCAAGUCGUCGUGAAACUCCCGAGUCCACCUUCCGAUACUGACGCCACCGAAGCGGACGACCGCUUCGACGCAGACUUGUCCUGCCCAUCACUGGACUACCACAACGGGACCUGGAGAAGCGUCCUGCGCAGGCCUAUCCGACUGAGGCCGGAGAUGUUCAUUGACCCGACCCCGCUGGUUCCGCACCCGCCAGACUGGCGUGUACGGUCCAGGCGGGCGGUUCUGCGGCGCGAAACAAGUCCUUCAGGAGAACGGAGGCUUGUGGUUACCAUUCCAUUCAACCCUUACAACUUGAAGUUGCCGAGAAGGGUUAAAUGGUGGCUGACAGCCUCAGGAUGAUUGUAGGAUGGAAUAUAUCUAUGAGUUGUGAAGGGUGUAAUACCACGGUACGGUUGUACUGACUACUGAGCUUGUUGACGGAAACCUGGUCAAAUCAGGAACCAACUUGCCGUAUCAUAUGCGGUAAAGCGGUCAGAUCUGGGUUGGAUGGAGUCAGGUUGUGGGAAUGAUCAUGGAGAACUCCUUGUGGAAU